AUGGAACGCACACAACAGUCUGAGGUAUUCGCUGCCAGCCGGAUUCCUGGAAGGAGUCACGAUGAGAUUAGGGUUUACCCAGACAGCCUCCAUGCCAUCAUCACCUGUGUGGGAGGAGUGUUCCCCGUGGACAUACUGUGGCGUCCCAGCACUGGUGGGCCACUUUCUGCUCGACCGUUGAUUGACAUCUACAACCAGCUGUCUCAGGUGAUGGAUCAGCCCAGAGCAGGAAAACAGAAUGAUCCCUCUGAAAUUUGCAGCCUCUCAGCUCUGGAGCGCAGAGCCUGGGCUACCACCAGAGAGGAGAUCCUGGAACAAGGAGGGGACGCAGCGGCUUCAUUAGGGAUGAUGGAGAGUGCUGUGCUGACACUUUGUCUGGAAGACUGUGACGCACCCUCUGAACUGGCUGAUACUCUCAAUGCAGUGAGGCUGGGAGGAGGAGGAGACAGACCAUAUCUGAGAUACUAUGACAAGGUGGUGAACCUGGUGGUGUUCAAGGACAGCACAGCUGGGAUGGUGUUUGAGCACAGUGCUGUGGAUGGGAUGGUGGCUGGCCUUGUGACUGAGCAUGUGUACAAACUGUCUGAGACUGCAGACUUAAAAGUAGUCCAUAUUGAUACAGAAAAAGUGAAUGGGGGCCAGAGAGGUCUGUAUGAUGCUUGGAUCAACUUCUCUUUGCAGCUUUCCCUGAGGCAGACUCUUGGGGAAACUGCUGCCAAUCACCUGCUUGUCACACCUACCCAUAUGCGCCACUACAAACAUGGCCGUUGUGAUCCUACGUACUCACUCACCAUGCAUUCUCACAAGUUAGUAGGUGCCUUAGCAUCCUGCAUCAGCCAAAAUAACACAAUCCAAUACACAACUGAUCUCCUACGCCUGUUCCAUCUGGCAUUUUUGGAGCAUAAAAGCCUCAUCAAAAACACAAAAAGUGGUCAAGGAGUUGGUCCUCACCUAGCUGCCCUGCGUCGAUUGUUGCCAUCUGACAAUCCAAUUAAGAAGUACCUGGACCCCUUUGGAUGUCCAUCUGUGUACCUCACUGGUUCGGAUCUGGCGGAGGAUGUGGAAUGUGGAGUAGGGAAUGUUUAUGCCCAAGAUCAGCUGGCUAUAACCUACCUUGGGAGGAGAGACAAGGUUCGCAUUGUGCUUAAUGGGAAAGGGAGCUUUGCUUUGGCACUGGAGAAGCUUCAAAAAAGCCUAAAGGUAAACAUAAAGCUUGUAAUGCUUCUAGCCCUAAGAUACGCCAUUGCAUGCCAAAUGGGAGGCCUGGAGUGUGUACUAAAUCAGGGUCAAACAGAGAAAAUGAAUGGAGGGACGUACCACUGUCCAGAAAGCUCAGACAAUGUUGACUCCACCUCUGGCAUGAGCACAGACUACACUCUGGUGAUCCAUGGUGGUGCAGGAGAGGAAAUGAUGCUGAACACUGAAGUGAUCGGGGUUAUUGAGUUUGCUCUACAGACAGCCUUAACCCUUGGAUCCCACCUGCUCCAACAAGGUGGCAAGAGUCUGGACGCAGUUGAGAAGUCAGUAGAAGCUCUGGAGGACUGCUUCCUGUUCAAUGCAGGUAAAGGCUCAGUGUUUAACAAAGAUGGCAAAAAUGAAAUGGAGGCAACCAUUGUGGAUGGCAGUGCAAUGAGAUCAGGGUCUGUUGCUUGCGUGCAAAGUGUGAAGAACCCAAUAAAAGCAGCCAGAUGUGUCAUGGAAAAAAGCUCACAUUCACUCAUUGUGGGAGACGGGGCUGAGGAGUUUCUGCAAGGGUUGGAGGAGAAGGAGAAGGCUGUUGGGCCUGAGUAUUUCUACACUGAUACACGUCACAGACAGUUAACUGCAAAGCUCGCUGUUGGAAAUACCUCGAAAAACAAUCACCCUCAGACAGUUGGAGCUGUGGCCUUGGAUCGUUGGAGCGGGUUGGCUGCUGCAUCCUCCACAGGUGGGUUAGUAGGAAAGCUGAAAGGGCGAGUUGGGGAUACAGCAGUAGUAGGGGCAGGAAUAUAUGCUGAUGACAAGUUAGCAAUUGCCUGCUCUGGAGAUGGAGAUGUAUUUCUGAGGCACACAGUUGCACAGAAAAUAGCUGGUCUCUACCACCACAAAGGCUAUAGCCUUAGGGAGGCAUGCAGAGAAGUGGUGGCUGAAAAUCUGGAUGGGAUCUGUGCAGGAAUUGUUGCUGUGGACAACAAAGGUGGUGCCAUCAUUGAAACGAAUGCUGGUGUGAUGUUUGUGGGCUCAAUGAUUGGUGGCAUUUCAAGAGUAGAGGUCCUAAGGCCCCUGAAGGGCCUCUCCAAUGUGAUCUGGGAAACAGAUGACCUGAUUGCCUACCUAGAUCCCAACCCCUGGACCCCUGGAUCAACCAUUCUGACCAGAAAGGCUCUUAGUGGAGCAAGGAGCAUCUUCCAGUUGGCUACACCUGAUUUUGUGGCUGUGCUGCAAGGAGCAAAAGCUGUGUCAAGCUUGCUAUGUGAGCGAUUGGGAGUGCAGCGCUGUGCCUUGGUUUUCAAUCCAACUCCUGAUCAGCCAGCACAAAUCACACUGCUCCCACUACAUGGCCUAGAACCAAAGUGGCAGCCCCAUCUUGCACAAGAGGAGGAAUUCCACCCCUACGAUCCUGGCUACUGCACCUCAAAAAGUGGCCCACGCUGGGAUGAUGAAGCACUAGCCCAGGUUCAAGCCAAAAUUAGAAAUGGACUGCCAACACCAAAUGCACCCUCUUGCUUUGACUUCUUUGGAGAUGCCUCCAAUGAUAACCUGUUCAGUCGCAUUGUACGAGGAGAACAGCAGCAGUGGAGAGUGUGGGAAGACAGUGAGCAUGUUGCCUUCCUGACACCAUACCCAAACACUCCUGGACUAACUGUUGUGGUGCCGCGCAAACCCCUGUCCAGUGACAUCUUCAAACUGGAAGAAGCUGACUACAAAGCACUGAUCUUAGCCACAUAUAAAGUUGCCCAACUACUCAAAGAGGGGAUGAGAGCUCGAGAUGUUGCGCUGAUCUUUGAGGGCUUUGAGAUUGACUAUGCUCAUGCCAAGCUAAUCCCUUUGUUACCUGCACCAGAUGGCACUAAGCCUGCUGAGCUGCAACCAGAAAGCUUCCAAAGCUACCCUGGAUAUGUGUCAUCACUUCAUGGCCUGGCUGCUGACCCUGAGGACCUCAGAAAGACCCACUGGAGAAUCACCCAGUGCAGGCCUCCUCAUUCUUGGCAAGACCCUCAGUCCCACUCCACACUUGCCAUCAAGAGCCAGUGGUACCGCAACCUGUUCCAGAUUCAAAACACGCUUUUUCACAGCACAGUGGAAUAUUUCCACACUUCCUGCCAGUUCUCUUAUGCUUUAACCCCUCUCACCACAGAUACCAUCUCUUCACCAAUGGGCCUGGGAUCUGACUCAGAACCAGUGUCUGUUAGCCUCCUGGGCCAGGACAUCUACCUGGCUGACUCAAUGCAAUUUGUACUUGAAUACUUCCUUCGCUUCCAAGAGGACCUGCCAGGGACAUACUACAUAUCACCCAGCUUCAGAGGGGAAGAUCCCGAUGCCACACACUUGAACCAGUUCUACCACGUGGAAUGUGAACUGUUGGGUGACAUGGACAAUGCCAUUUCUACAGCAGAGGGGUACUUGGCUCAUCUCACCAAGUCCAUGUUGAAGAAACACUCUGAGAUGAUACUCAACACCGCCGGGACCCUUGAACAUGUCAAAGCCAUGCUGAGUAAGCUGGAUGGGAAAAACCCUCUCCCAAGAAUCCCUCUAGACCAGGCCAUUCCCAUGAUGCCUUCGGCUGACUGCUUAGAGUGGGUUCAAGAUGGGCAGCCACAGUUUGGUAGAAAGCUAACACGCAAAGGAGAGCGGGUCUUGAUCGAGAACUACGGUGGUGCUGUUUGGCUGACUGAGAUGGACCACCUAGGAGUUCCCUUCUAUCAAGCGUAUGUGGAGGGCACUGGGCGGUGCAAAGCCAAAGCUGCUGACCUUCUCCUUGGUCUUGGUGAGACUGUAGGUCUUGGUGAACGACAUUCCACCCCUGAGAUGGUGCAGGAAGCUCUCAGGCACCAUACAGUGCCAGAACAGUCCUACAAAUGGUACAUCAACAUGCGGCAAGUGAAACCACUCCUCACCAGUGGAUGGGGCAUGGGGACAGAGCGCUACUUGUGUUGGCUGCUUCAGCAUGAUGACAUCAGAGAUAUGCAUAUCAUUCCUCGGAUGAAAGGAAUGAAGUACAUGCCCUGAUCAUAAGUACUCCACAGAUUUUCAGGCCACACAUUGUGAUAACUUGCAUUAAUGGAGCCAAAGAGGAAUAUACAAUAUGGUUUUGACCGUAAAAAUGCCUCAGUAAUCCAGACUCUGGAUAUUCUACCCAAAGUUGGGUGUCUUAAUGAUUAACAAUGAACUUUCCUGCAUUCCUUAUAAAGAAAAAUUCCCACAGCACUUAGCCCUAACCAAACCUUGUGCCCUUCAGAGGGAAAUGUUUCUGAAAAUUGAGUUUUUUUGGCACUGCAACAAAA